AUGCCACGGCGUCAAGCUGCAUUUGAUGAUUAUGCCUUUGCAGUUCCAAAUAUCAUCCUCUCCUCUACCGAUGCAGAUUUUCUCGACCAUCUGAUACCUGUGCUCAAAGAUGCUACGCAUUCCCGACGAACCCCAGUCUUGAUACAAUGUCUCACGAGAUACUCUGAGGACCGUGAAGCGGAUAUUGAACGCAUCGGUCUGACCAAGCACGAAGAAUUUCUAGAUUCGGUUUCUAGAUUGCAACAUGUUCGCGAAGACACUGUCACCCUUACUACAGAGAUUCUGAAACUCAAUCAGUCUAUUCAGGCCAGCACAGAAAAAUUAGCUGAGCAAAAGGGUGCCUUGGUAAAUACAAAAGCCAUUCGGCAGAAUAUCGCUGAUGCCACCGUGGCUCUAAAGGAUUCAUUGAAGGUCCUCCAUGUUGUCAAUCAUGCCCACGACCUUAUUCGCCAGAAGAGCUACUAUUCUGCUCUAAAAUCCCUGGAUGAUCUCCAGAACGAGCAUUUAGUUCCUAUAUUACAGAAUCGGUACGCCACGCAGCAUCGCUUGGCUGAUGUCAUUCAGAAAUCACUGCCUGGUUCUCGGAAAGCUAUAUCGGAAGCUGUCAUGACCGAUCUCAAUACAUGGUUGUUCAGAAUCAGAGAGACAUCACAAUUCCUCGGCGAAGUUGCAUUUUACCAUACAGAGAUGCGUCGGUCGAGGCAACGAAAGCGGGUCGAGGAUGACCAAUUUCUAACUAAUUUCAAGCUCAACUCGUCUAUCGAACUUGUAUGUGACGAAAGCGAGGAAUUUGACAUACUGGACAACGAGGAACUGCAAGUGAAUUUUACGCCUCUCUUCGAAGCAAUGCACAUUCACGACGCAUUGGGCCAAAGUGAACGAUUUCGUGCAGAAUACGCCGCUACCAGGAGACAACAGAAGGACCUUCUUCUACCGAGCUCGGUUGAGUUGUUGACUGACGAUGAGUCUUCAUUAAGUAGCCUUUUGGAAGGUAUCGCGGGAUUCGCUAUAAUCGAAAAGGAAACCAUGCGCAGAGUACCCCAGCUACGCUCCGCUGCCGACGUCGAAGAGCUCUGGGAGUCAAUGUGCAGCACCGCCAUUAAUCUCACCUCACGAGCAUUAAACGAUGUGGGCAAUGCUGAGGUUCUUCUCAAGAUAAAGGGAUUUAUCGCCCUAUUCAUUCAGACCAUGGAGGGAUGGGGCUACUCAAUAUCCACUCUUGAUACAUUUUUGCUGGCAUUGUUCGACAAAUAUGCCGAGCUUCUCAAGCAUAGAUUUAGCGAAGAUUUCCAGGAGAUUGUAUCUACGGACGACUACAUGCCAAUGGCCAUCAAUUCUCGGGAGGAAUAUGAAAAGGUAGUCAACGUGAGCUGGUUCAUGCAAACCCAAGAAAUUGAUCACGUGACGUUUCCUUGUGUUUUACCCUUCUCACAGAUGUAUCCUCUUUGCUGUAUCGACGUUCGCAAUUUUCUUAACCAGUUCUAUUUCUUCUCCGAUGAUCAUUUCCAGCAUGCGGAAGUAAUUGAUGAAACCUUGAGAAAGUCGCUAGAUGAGCUUCUCACUGAAAAAGUCUGCCGUUCCCUAGUUGAGAGACUCUCUACCCAAUAUUUGGGGCAAAUUGUGCAAAUCCUCAUCAAUCUGGAGCACUUUGAAAUCGCCUGCCAAGAACUCGAACAGCUACUUAUCCGUGCUCGGUCGUCCACCUCUGCCGGUGGGCCGUUGAAGUUGAACGCAACGGAAUGCUUUCGCAACAACAAGAAAACCGCCGAAAAAAGAAUUUUUGAGCUCGUCAACAGCAAAAUUGACGAUCUGGUCGACACGGCAGAAUACGAAUGGUUGGCGGCAACUGUGGCUCCGGAGCCGAGCAAUUAUAUGCAAACCUUGACUCGCUACCUCUCCAAUAUUAUGAAUUCGACAUUGUUAGGCCUGCCACGAGAGAUUAAGGAGUUAAUUUACUUUGAUGCCCUGUCUCAUGCUGCCAACAAAAUUCUGGCUCUACCCUUGUCCUCCGAGGUCCAACAUAUCAAUAGCAACGGAGUUGCUGCAUUGGCUCUGGAUGUCCAGUAUCUGACUGAGUUUGUCAGCAGUUUGGAAAAUGGGCAGAUGUUGCGCGAAAAUUUAGAUGAGCUCCAACAGACUGUGAGCCUGAUGGAAUCGGACAACCACGACGAAUUUUUCGAUAUAUCCAUUCGAAACAAGAAGUACGGUCGCGUAGAUGCGUUGAAUGGUCCAAUUCUUUUGGAAAAGCUUACUUCUGCGUCACAACUUGGUGGCAGAGCCGCGCCAUUGUCAAACCUAUCAUCCCGAUUUGGCAUGAUGAAAUAA